AUUCUUACAAUUAUGAUAAAAUUAGGAAUGUAUAUAGCUACAAUUUUCUUUUUAAUACUUAUGAAGAAUGUAGAGCUAAGCAUCUCAAUAUUUUCACAACCACGAGCACCCAAUUUUCCAUAUUUUGAAAGACCUCAGUAUCGAUAUCCAUAUUAUGAUGAAAAUGGAAAAGGUCGUUUGCUUUAUGGUUAUGGAGGAUCACACCUUUAUCAGUAUAAAAUUUACAAUACUCUUGAAGGCAUACAUUAAAUAUAUUAUAUGAAUAUUUGCAAAA